AUGCCGGCGGCGGCGGCGGCCCCCAUCCCCGCCCCUAACCCCGCCGAUGACUGGGUGGACGGCUCGUGGACGGUGGAUUGCUCCUGCGGCGUCACGUUCGACGACGGCGAGGAGAUGGUCAGCUGCGACGAGUGCAGCGUGUGGGUGCACACGCGGUGCGCGCGCUACGUCCACGGCGUCCACACCUCCUUCUCCUGCCACAAAUGCCGGAGGUCCAAGCGCGCCCCUUCCUCCGCCGACGAGGCCGAGGUUGCCGAGCUCCUCGCCGAGCUGCCCACCCACCGCCCGCCCCCGCUGUACCGCUGCUGGGCCGAGGUCCCGCUCCCCGCCCGCGUCCACGUCCACGGGCUUCCCGGCGGUGGCGACGGCGCUCUGUUCCGCGGCGCCCCGGCCUUUUCCGCCGCCCUGUGGCGCUGCACCGGCUACGUCCCCAAGAGAUUUGGCUUCCGCUACUGCGAGUUCCCGUCCUGGGCCGACGAUAAUGAUGGGGCUGAUGCUCUUUUUGCGCUGGCCAGAGAGAAGCCCAGGGAGAUGGCGGAUGAUGCUUUGAUAGCCAUUGAACCGAAGAAGGAGAAGCAUUACGUCCGAAGCCUGAGUUGUCGUGGCAAAAAACUUGAUAGCGAUCAGCAAGCAAUGCCUCCUCUAACCAAGGCUAAGAAGAGAGAGCCUGAUAGUUGGAAGGAUGGGUGUCAGCAGAGUGAGGGCUGUGGGAUACAGGAUUCCAUUCGUGAUGAUGGUCACACUGAAACUAAUAUGGCCAGUUCUGAUUUGCUAACUGCUAAAACCAAGAAGAAGAUGGAGGAAUCCUUGGAGCCAAGUGGGGAGAAGAAAAGCUGUGAGCAAGUUCUUGAGGCUCUGAGCAAGGAUGGCAAAAAGGUGCCCAAGAAGUUGGAGGUCUCAUCUGGAGUUCAAACUACAUCAUCCAUGGUGGAACAAGAAGUGCCCUCAGGGUUUAUUGGGGUAGAGGUUACAAUGUAUAAGCAACAGCCAGAAGGGGAUCACACUAUGGGCUCAAGGUCUGGCAUAACAAGUUCAGGUCCUAUCAAAGUGCAAGACAUGCAGGGCGUUCAAAAGCAACCAAAUCAAACUUCAAAUCUGCAGGUUGUUGCUGGUGUACCAGAUUUACUUAUCGGUCAGUCAAAACCACAGACUAUUAAAACUGAGCCUAGUUUUCAGGAAAACAAGACAGCUCACUCUGUCGAGUUAGCGAGUGAUGACCAUGAAAACAAUAAGCAAGGUCUAGGGGAAGCUGCAGUUUUUUCAAUCGUCCAAAAAGAUUCAUCCAAAUCAACAUAUGGUUCAGAAUGCCAUGAACAUCCGCAAUCUGAAACACAAAAUCCGAGGCACACAGUUGCUGAGAAUCCUAACUCAACUUUGGGUUCUGCAAAAGUUUGUACAUCCUUUUCUGGUUCUAUCUCUAUACCACCUGAGUUAUCACACUCUUUGGCUUCGAAAGAACCAUCAUCAGGGAAUAGUGAUUGUUCAAAGAAAGAGGAGUUGGUCUCACCAACUGUCAGCAAACAUGAUUCCGUGAAAUUUUCUGAAGAUAGUUCCCAGGAAGUGACAAGGUACUCUGAGAAAGUUCAACUAAAAGGCUCACCGCCUUCUGCUCCAAAAUCAUCUACAGUCAAAAAUAGAUUACCCGUGCCAAAGGAGCAAUCACAGAAGAUAGCCCUCACUGGAGGCACCUCAGCAAGAUCAUUCCAUGGAGAAGUGCCAUUACUUCAGUCUCGUAAUAAGGCAGUAGCUUCUAGUUCUUCCCAGAAAAAGGACAAGAUCCACCAGCGCAUCAUUAGCGAUGAACAGCUUGCAUUAUUGUUGCAUCACCAAUUGAACAGCUCCCCCAGAGUACCGAGGGUGCCACGUUGCCAUCAAGCAGCUGGUGCACAGAUGCUUCAUCCAUCUGGAGCUUCUGUUUUUUCUAAGCGGUAUUCAUCACAUGGAGGAAGGGAUCAUGCAGCGGUUAUAAAAAAGAGAAAUAGAGAUGAUUCAUUAAAAGAUAGCGAGGACACCAAGAGAACAGAAAAAAGACAGAGAGUUUCUAGCACAGAGCAUGCUCCUGUGAAAGACUCAUGCAGAUCAGCUGAAAAUAUAGCAUCAGAACAGAAAAAUCGUGGCAUAUGUUCAACUGGUGCCAACACUGGUUUAGCAAAGGAUGAUUUGAUGGAUACUAUUGUUUCACACAAUUUACCUGGAUUGAUUGAUGAAAUUAUCAGUGAAGACAGGAAUAUAACAUAUGGGGAACUCUGUGACGCUAUCCAUCAGCAUUUCAGGGAUUCAAGGAAAUCCAAUGGGGGAGAUUCUGUGUAUCGCAGCUAUGCGGAUGCCAUCAACGACUGUCUAAGGAAGAGGAGGGAAUGGGCUCACCUUGUUGACCAAGCUUCAAAGAUGAAUUCAAAUAAGCGGCGAAAAGGGGAAAGUGACUCAUUGUUGGCUGACAUACUAGAAGCAGAGAACAUGAGAACCGGACCUGAAAGGGAUUCAGAGGGGAGUGCUGAUUUGCAUCAGGAUGACCAGCCUAGGGGCAAACGGAAGGGUCGGAAACGCAGGCGACUUGAGCUCAAAGGUAGGAGAGUCAGGGAUACAAGGAAGAGAUCCAGCAUUGAUUCUUCCUCAGAAGAUGCUGCUGCCACCUUGUCUGAUUCCAGUAGUGACAGAAAUAAUAACCCCAUGGAUGACAAAAACAAAGAAGAUAAUUCUGUUGCCCCAGAAAUUGGUGGUUACAUAGACGCUAAGGGUGCAGAUUCAAGUUUGUAG